UAAAAUAUUGAUAAAAAAAUUCAUAUCAAACAUUGUAAUUUCGAAUCGAAUUUCUCAUCGCAUGAACCCGACCAAAGAUAAAAACUUAACCCUUUUUUUUGGAAGCCGGGGCUUGAAACGAGGAUGGCGCAGCGGGAACACAGUGACGGAGCAGCAAUGGAACUGACGACUCCAACAAAGCUGGAAUACUAUGAUCAAUUGUUGAAACUUCAAUCCAAAGCCAUACUUCUUUCCUCCUUCAAGGGUGAUGAUGGAAGGAAAGCUUUGAUUUUGGAUUCUACAGUCUUCCAUCCACAAGGCGGCGGUCAACCUUCUGACACUGGUUUUAUUUGUAUUACCGAUUCUAACCUUAGAUUUUGUGUCCAAGAUGUUAGAUCAAAAGAUGGUGUUGUGUUUCAUUAUGGAGUUGCUGAGGAUUCUAGUAGGGAAAGUGAAUUGGAGCAAGGAAACGGGAAAGAGGUGAUUUUGCAAGUGGAUGAGUCACGGCGGAGGCUGAAUUCUAGGUUGCACUCAGCUGGGCAUUUGCUUGAUGUCUGCGUGAGAAAUGUCGGAUUGGGGCAUUUGGAGCCUGGUAAAGGCUAUCAUUUUCCAGAUGGGCCAUUUGUGGAAUAUAAGGGUAUGGUUUCUCCAAAUGAAUUGCAAACCAAGCAGAGGGAAAUAGAGAUAGAAGUUAAUGCCUUGAUAUCUAAGGGAGGUAAAGUUUAUGCUGCAGUAUUACCAUAUGAAGAAGCUGCUGAGCUGUGCGGUGGUUCUCUUCCUGAUUACAUUCCCCAGGGCAGUACUCCUCGUAUCAUUAAGUUGGGGGACAAUCCUGGUUGUCCAUGUGGUGGCACCCAUGUUUCUGAUAUUUCAGAGAUCAUAAGUAUGAAGGUCACUCAAAUUCGCACGAAGAAGGGAACGACAAAAGUGUUUUACACUGUUGGAGCUUAAUAAUAGGUGUUUGAUACUUAGAAAUUAUAGAUAUAAGGCGUCUGAAUGAAUAUCUUUUAAGGAAACAUGUAGUGUCAUGGUCUCUCGAGUCUCACGGUUGAGAUAUAAAUGUUUACAUUAUUUUUAAUUUAUAAGAUAAAAUCGUAAAACUAAUAGAUUUAAAUGGAUAAUAUCAAAGUCAAUGUUGGAUACUAAUGAUGUGUGAUUGACAAUGGGUGGUCUUAUGUUGGAAUGGGAAAAAUUGUUAUGGAAUCAUGAAUUUUAUAUUAAUUGUAUAUUAGAUCUGAUUUUGAGAUAUAAGUAUUU